AUGGGGCAGCAGUUCAGCUGGGAGGAGGCAGAGGCAGCUGGUGAGAUGGACAUCGCCGAACUCCAGGAGUGGUACAAGAAGUUUGUGGUGGAGUGUCCCAGCGGCACACUCUUCAUGCAUGAGUUCAAGCGCUUCUUCAAGGUUACAGGCAAUGAGGAGGCCACUCAGUAUGUAGAGGGCAUGUUCCGAGCCUUCGACAAGAAUGGGGACAACACCAUUGACUUCCUGGAGUAUGUGGCAGCCCUGAACCUCGUGCUGAGCGGCACUCUGGAGCACAAGCUGAAGUGGACCUUUAAGAUCUAUGACAAGGACCGCAAUGGCAGCAUCGAUCGCCUGGAGCUGCUGGACAUUGUGGAAGCGAUCUACAAGCUGAAGAAAGCCUGCCAGGUGGAGAUGGAGGUGGAGCAGCAAGGCCAGCUGCUCACGCCUGAGGAGGUGGUGGACAGGAUCUUCCUCCUGGUGGAUGAGAAUGGAGAUGGCCAGCUGUCUCUGGAUGAGUUCCUUGAAGGAGCCCGCCGUGACAAGUGGGUGAUGAAGAUGCUCCAUAUGGACAUGAAUCCCGGUGGCUGGAUCUCUCAGCAGAGGCGGAAAAGUGCCAUGUUUUGA